AUGGCCGAAAUUCGCGACGACAAGGCCCAAUACGUUGUGCCCUUCAUUCUCUCCCUGCUCGCGGAACAUCAAAAGGCAUGUUCAACAUCUUCAAAUCCACCACCCUUCUUCAUCGGCCUGAACGGCGUCCAAGGGGCCGGGAAAACGGUCCUCGUGGACAUUUUGAAAACCACGCUGUCGUCUCCGCCCCAUAAUCUCUCAGUAGUGGUCUUCUCCCUCGACGACCUCUACCUGACGCACGCCGAUCAGGUGGCUCUGGCACAGUCGCACCCAGAUAAUCCGCUGCUGCAGCACAGGGGACAGCCUUCGACGCACGACAUUCCCCUCGCGCUUUCGGUGUUCGCGAGCCUGAAGCAAAACAACCCCACCAAGAUCCCGCAGUACAAUAAAGCUGCCUUCUCAGGCCAAGGGGACCGUGUCCCCGAGAGUGAUUGGGAAGAAGUCAAUACCGACCCAUCUCACCCGGUGCGCGUGGUCUUAUUCGAGGGGUGGUGCGUCGGGUUCCGCCCGUUGGCCCAGGAAGUAUUGGAGUCAAAGCACGCCGCCGCCGUGGCCGCUUUGGAGAAUUCUACCGCCGGCAAUCCCUACAAGGGUCGUUUGGGACAUAAUACUCUGGAAUCGAUCACGACCAUCAACGAGGCCCUGAAAAAGUACGACGAGAUAACCACCCAACUCGACGCGUUCAUCCACAUCGACGCCCUCGACCCGCAGUAUGUGUACAGGUGGCGCCUGGAGCAGGAAGCCGGCCUUCGCGCGGCAAGGGGAAGCGGAAUGACGGAUGAACAGGUCAAGCAUUUUGUAGACGGGUAUUAUCCUGCGUAUGAGCUGUACACGGACACGUUGAGGCAGGGAGUGUUUAAGGGGAUCAAAGACGAUUGGCAGAACAAGCAGUUGCGCUUGGUGGUGGGGGAGGACCGGAAGGUUAGGGAGGUGGUGAAGAUCUGA